AUGGUGGAGAUUGGAAGGGGAGGAGGGAGGGAGGACAAGAAGAAGUGCUUUGCUGAGGAUCCCCCUAUCAGUUCUGACCCCUCUAACAGACCCUGUUCAUUUGAAGAUGGACCAGGUGACCUGAGGCUGGCAUACAGACACAGCCCGUGUGAUGGAGUGGUGCUGGUGCAACAUCUCGGAGAGUGGGGACACUUGUGCAACCAGGAAUGGACUCUGGCAGAGGCAUCUGUAGUCUGCAGGCAGCUGGGCUGUGGCCAUGCUGUGGGUGCCCCCAAGUAUGUCCCGCUGCUCGGAGAAAUAGCCCAGCCCUGGCUCCACAACGUGUCAUGCUGGGGCAAUGAGUCUUCCCUCUGGGAGUGCAAUAUUGGGGCAUGGAGUCAGAGUGUGUGCCCCCACGAGUGGGUGGUGGUUGCUCUGUGUGCAAAUGGCACUUUCCGUGAGAUCCGGCUGGUGAAGGGCCACAGUCCUUGUGCAGGACUCCCUGAGAUCAAGAAUGUGAAUGGGGUGGACCGUCUGUGUGGCUUGCAUUUGGAGGAGGCCACAGUGUUCUGCCAGGAGCUGGGAUGUGGCCCUGCACUCCAGGCCUCCCGCCAAGAAGUGGGUGUUGUCAGGAAGUACAUGACAUGCAAGGGCACUGAGCCAACCAUUCGUAACUGCAGACUCAACAACAAUCUCCGCAGUGGCUGUGACCUCCAGCUGGAUGCAGAGGUGGUCUGCUCAGGACACAUGGAGACCCGUCUGUCAGAUGGCCCUCACCCUUGUGCUGGGCGCCUGGAAGUGAGACAGGGCCUGACCUGGGGCACUGUCUGCAGCACCAACCUGGACCUGCCGACGGCCCAUGUGGUAUGCCGGGAGCUGCAGUGUGGUGCAGCUGUGUCCAUAUCUGGGGGUGUUCACUUUGGUCAGGGCUCUGGCCUUGUGUGGACUGACGUGUUCCACUGUAUCGGCAAUGAAUCCCUGCUGUUCCACUGCCCAAGGGGGCUCGGGCACCAGUGCGGGCACAGCCAAGAUGCUGGCCUCACAUGUUCAGGUGAGGUCUUGAGGUUCCGGCUGGUAAACGGCAGCAGCAGCUGUGAGGGCCGCGUGGAACUCCAAGUUCAGGGAACCUGGGCGCCCCUCUGUGCCACACAAUGGGACUUGGCAGAUGCCACUGUCCUCUGCCAUCAACUCAAUUGUGGCAACCCGGUGGCCAUACCCCAAGGAAGCCAUUUUGGGGAAGGGGACACCCCUAUCUGGCCGGAUGUGUUUCACUGUGAGGGGACGGAGUCCUACUUAUGGAACUGCCCAGUGAGCACACUGGGAGCACCAGCCUGCGCCCCAGGAAACUCUGCCUCCACAGUCUGCUCAGGUCUCUCUCAUGCCCUGAGGCUGAGGGACGGGCACAGCCGCUGUGAUGGCCGCGUGGAAGUCUCCCUGGACAGUGUGUGGGGCCGCGUCUUGGACGAUGCCUGGGACCUGCGUGGGGCGGGAGUCGUGUGCCGACAGCUCCGCUGUGGAGAAGCCCAGAGAGCCUAUGACGCCCCUGCCCCUGGCCGCUGGGUUGUCCCGGUAGGGCUGAGCCGUGUGCGCUGCCUGGGCACUGAGACCCGCCUGACCGAGUGCAACGUGUCCAAGUCCCUUAUGGAGCCCGCGGGGACCUCACGAGACACAGGCGUCAUGUGCUCAGGAAGUCUCCAGGUGAGGCUGGCUGAGGGGCCAGGCCGCUGUGCUGGGCGUGUGGAGGUGCUCUACAGGGGCGAGUGGGGCACCGUGUGUGACGACGCCUGGGACCUGCGGGAUGCUCACGUAGUCUGCAGGCAGCUGGGCUGUGGCCAUGCCCUCAGCGCCCCAGGGGCGGCCCACUUUGGGGCUGGAUCUGGGCGCAUCUGGAUGGAUGAGAUGGGCUGCCAGGGCAACGAAUCUGUGCUGUGGCAAUGCCCAUUCUGGGGUUGGGGCCGGCAUGACUGCCGACGCAAGGAGGAUGCUGGAGUCUUCUGCUCAGAGUCGGUAGCUCUGAGGCUGCGAGGUGGCACUCAUCGCUGUGCUGGGUGGCUGGAUGUGCUCUACAAUGGGACAUGGGGUGCCGUGUGUAGCAACGCCCUGAAAGACAUCGCCUUGUCCAUCAUCUGCAAGCAGCUGGGGUGUGGUGCAUGGGGCUGGCUGGAGAACAAGCCCUUCCAAGAGGCUGGCUCCAGCACCUUCUGGGUAGACAACAUCGAGUGCCGCACGCUGCGCAACUCCACUCUGUGGCAGUGCCCCUCUGCCCCGUGGCAUCCACGUUCCUGUGCCCAGGGAGAGGAAGCCUGGGUUGCUUGUGCAGAAUUGUUAGAGAAAAGACCUCAGGACCCUGAGCAGAUCCUGAACUGCUCAUCUAUACACGACUGUCCAGAGGAGGGUGAUUUGCGCUUGCAUGGGGAUGAGGAUAACUGUUCUGGGCGCGUGGAGCUCUGGUAUGCAGGUUCCUGGGGCACCGUGUGUGAUGAUUCCUGGGAUCUGGCAGACGCAGAGGUCGUGUGCCGCCAGCUGGGUUGUGGCCCUGCGGUGGAAGCCCUACGGAAGGCUGCCUUUGGCCCUGGCUCUGGGCCCAUAUGGUUGGAUGAGGUGGGAUGCCGGGGCAGUGAGGAGACCCUGUGGGACUGUCCAGCCCAGCCCUGGGGACGUGGAGACUGCACACACAAGGAAGAUGCUGGUGUGCGCUGCUCAGGUGACCAAGAGACCACGGCUCAGCCUCCUCCAUUGGGACCCAGCCUGGUCCCUCCACCAGUCCACAAGGCCUGGACCCUGCCAGAGACUGCCUGCCUCAUCCUUGGCUCCCUUCUGUGCAUCAUCUCCCUGUUCCUGGGGGCUCAGUGGUGCCACCGCAAAGCAGCCUGCAUGGGUUCUGUGCUGUCGGGGGACUUGCCAUCAGAGGGUAUCUAUGAAGACAUUGGACCUGUCUUUAUGGGAGUGAAAGACAUGAGGGCUGCGUUGCCUGAGGACCCAGUGCUGGAGGAGGAGUAUGACGACGCUGGAGAACCUGAGGACUGCCCCAGGGAGGAGGAGGAAGAAGAGGAUGGGGUGCUGUCGAGUCCCACGGGUGUGCACCUCUGUUCUUUGGCCUCCAUCGUGGUUUUCCUGCUGUACUGCUAUGCUGAGGGCUCUGCUGUGACCACUGCCUACAUUUAAAGGACUUGAGAGCCACUUCUCUGUGUGUCCAUGACCCUCAUUUCUGUCUCUGGCCUGGUCAUGAGAGACUAGUCUUUGAACACUGCUCUUUAGACAGGCUCUUAAUGGGUAGAUGUUGAAUUAGAGCUAUUAAUCUUUGAUGACCUCCAACU